AUGUGGCUGCUUACCACGCCGUCAAGGCUGCACCCACAGUUAAGCUCUGCCCACAGGUCGGCAAGCAAGUCAUCUUCGGUAGUUGCUCGUUGUGUCCGAGUCUUUUGCUGCACGUCGCGAAAUCAGCAAGGACAAGCUCAAUCGACAGCAUCAGAACCUGUCAAUACCAUUCCCUACAGCGAGCUCAGUAUUGGUGUUCCCACCGAGGUACGGAGCGGCGAGAGGCGAGUUGCUAUCACUCCUCAGAAUGCAGCAUUACUGUUAAAGAAAGGUUUCAAAGCUGUCCUGGUUGAACAUGGCGCAGGAUUCCAGGCUCAAUUUCCCGCGCAUGACUACGAAGCUGCGGGCGCAACACUUGUCAAUGCCGCCCGUGUGUGGACUGACAGCGACAUCGUUGUCAAAGUACGACCACCCAGACUACGAGCGACAACUCUCUCUCCGAAUAACUUCAUCCAAGGCUUCCGCAAAGGUGGGGUUAUCAUCAGCAUGUUGCAACCGAAUCUGGACCGCAGCAAACCGGUCAUUGAUACUUACGCGGCGAAAGGCCUUACUAGCUUUGCAAUGGAUAUGAUCCCCAGGAUCACCCGUGCGCAGUCCUUCGAUGUCUUGUCUUCAAUGGCCAAUAUCGCGGGCUACAAGGCGGUGUUGGAAGCUGCAAACCACUUCGGCCGUUAUAUGACUGGGCAGACGACCGCUGCUGGCAAGGUGCCACCCUGCAAGAUGCUUGUCAUUGGUGCUGGUGUCGCUGGUCUUUCGGCUAUUGCCACCGGUCGGAGGAUGGGCGCCAUCGUCAGAUGCUUUGACACUCGGCCAGCGACGCGGGAGCAAGUGCAGUCGCUCGGUGCUGAGUUUGUCGAGGUUGACCUUCUUGAGGAUGGCGCGGGUGGCGGCGGGUACGCCAAGGUCAUGUCGAAGGAGUUCAUUGAGGCUGAGAUGAGACUCUUUGCUCAGCAAUGCAAGGAGGUCGAUAUCGUAAUCACCACUGCGUUGAUUCCGGGCAAGCCAGCUCCAACGUUGAUCACGGAAGAGAUGGUCGCUUCGAUGAAGCCGGGAAGUGUGGUAGUUGAUCUCGCUGCUGAAAAUGGCGGUAACUGUGAGAUCACUGUCCCCGGCCAACUGUCAACGCACAAGGGUGUCACGGUCAUCGGCUACACUGACUUACCAUCCCGACUGCCGACGCAGUCCUCUACACUUUUCAGCAACAACAUUACUCGUUUCCUGUUAUCAAUGUCACCGAAAGAGGGUCAUUUCGGCGUCGACCUCAAUGAUGAGGUGGUUCGACGUUCGAUCGUCACCUUCAACGGCGAGGUGCUGCCAUCGCUGCCUCCGAUCGCACCACCAGAACCCGCCGCGAAGCCUGCAGAAGCGGCAAAGGAGGCGGCGCCUGUGGCUCUCACACCAUGGCAGAAGUCCACAAGGGAAGUGGCAACAGUGACGGCCGGGAUGGGUACCGCGCUCGCACUCGGCAAGUUUACUGGUCCGUUAUUCAUGAGCAAUCUCUUCACCUUUUCGUUAGCUGGCUUGAUCGGUUAUAGAGUUGUAUGGGGCGUGAGCCCUGCCCUGCAUUCUCCCUUAAUGUCUGUCACGAAUGCCAUUAGUGGGAUGGUCGGUAUUGGAGGCUUCUUCAUCAUGGGAGGUGGCUACCUACCUCAAACUAUCCCGCAGGCUAUGGGCGCUUUGUCCGUCUUGCUGGCUUUUGUGAACGUCACAGGAGGCUUCGUCAUCACGAAACGCAUGCUCGACAUGUUCCGGCGACCCACUGAUCCGCCCGAGUAUCCGUGGCUUUACGCUAUACCAGGCUUGUUAUUCGGCGGCGGCUACAUCGCAGCAGCCAGCACUGGCAUGGCAGGACUCGUGCAGGCAGGGUACCUGGUCAGUAGCGUCUUGUGCAUUGGCUCCUUGACAGGUCUGGCUGCGCAGACUACAGCACGCUCUGGCAACCUUAUGGGUAUGCUUGGAGUGGGCUCUGGCGUCCUCGCAUCGCUAGCCGCUGUAGGCUUCGCACCCGAAACACUGAUCCAGUGCCUUGCUGUUGCUGGUAUCGGUAGCUUGCUGGGAGGGCUCAUUGGGCGCCGUAUCACCCCAACUGAGUUGCCGCAAAUGGUUGCGGCGCUGCACUCCGUUGUCGGUCUCGCCGCAGUGCUUACGAGUAUUGGGUCGGUGAUGGCUGCCAUCGAUCAUCUGGAUGCACUGCACAUGGUCACCGGCUACCUGGGUGUUCUCAUUGGUGGCGUCACAUUCACGGGCAGCAUAGUCGCCUUCAUGAAGCUAUCGGGGAGAAUGUCCUCCAGGCCAACAAUCCUCCCUGGGCGGCAUCUCGUCAAUGGCGGCAUGCUCGCCGCCAACAUCGGUACGAUGGGUGCAUUCAUCGCAGGUGCGCCAGGAGCGCCGGCAAUCGCGGCAACCUGCUUGGCCGCAAAUACUGCCUUGAGUUUUGCCAAAGGCUAUACCACAACGGCCGCGAUCGGUGGGGCUGACAUGCCCGUCGUGAUCACCGUCUUGAACGCGUACUCCGGUUUUGCUCUUGUCGCCGAAGGCUUCAUGCUGAACUCUCCGAUUCUCACCACCGUGGGCUCGCUGAUCGGCGUCUCCGGCUCUAUCCUCUCCUACAUAAUGUGCGUCGCCAUGAAUCGCAGCCUCGCAAACGUCAUCUUCGGCGGGAUCUCUGCUCCGGCGAAGACGGAUCAGAAGAUUGAGGGCGAGAUCACAAAGACUAACGUCGAGGAGACAGCCCAGUUACUGAGGGAAGCGCAGAAAGUUGUCAUUGUGGUUGGCUAUGGCAUGGCUGUUGCGAAGGCACAGUAUCCCAUCGCCGAGAUUGUUAAUUCAUUAAGGUCGCAAGGCGUCGAGGUCAAAUUCGCCAUUCAUCCCGUCGCCGGACGCAUGCCCGGACAGUGCAAUGUCCUGCUCGCUGAAGCCAGUGUGCCGUACGAUAUCGUGCUGGAGAUGGAUGAGAUCAAUGAGGAAGGCUUCAAUGAUGUUGAUCUUACGCUCGUAAUCGGCGCCAACGAUACCGUCAAUCCCAUUGCACUACAGCCUGACAGCCCAAUUGCAGGGAUGCCCAUCAUCGACGCUUAUAAGUCGAAGCAAGUGAUCGUCAUGAAGCGCGGCAUGGGCAGCGGGUAUGCAGACAUCCCGAACCCAAUGUUUUAUCAGCCCAACACCAAGAUGCUGUUUGGCGAUGCGAAGAAAAGCUGCGAUGCUAUCAAGGCGGCUUUGACUGCGGCGAAGUGA